AUGAAUGUACAAUUGAUGGUAUUUGCUUUGAUGGCAAUAUGGUGUCACGGUGGAAAGCUGAAGAAUGGACCGCCAAUGCAAAUUGCAGAAUCUGUGGCAAGCCGUCUAUGGAGAAAUUUUGUAAAACAGAAAAUUGGACUUGUAGCAGUGUAUACGCAACUUCCAAAUACUUUUGCAACACUGUUCAGUGUUUAUUCAGAACAGAAACCAACAAGCAUCUUAUUGUCCUUAGAGUCUUCAACAGUCACCAAUCAAGUUUUCUUAAAAUUACGAACAGGAGAUGAUCUAAUAAAAAAGUAUAUUGUUGAAGCGGCAAUUGAUGGGAAAGGAAAAAAUGUAAUAAUAUUUACACUAUCUGGUAAUGUACUUAAACUUUCUGUGAACUGUGUUCAGUCGCUGGAAACUACAGAGGACGAGCUAUCAUUCAAACAUUCGUCAUCACUUCGAAUGCACAUUGGUGAAGACGUGCGUAAUGAGCAACGUAUUCAGGGUAAAAUUUACGAAUUUACUGUUGAAAAAACAGAUCCAACAGCAAGCAGAUGUGCAACUCUUCAAAAAUCAUCAAAUUCUGUUACCGCUGUAAUAUCGGCAGAUAGGCUGACAGACUGGGAUGAAUAUUGGACGUCGCGUGUCCGGCCAUCAUGGGCUAGAAGGCGAGAUGUUCCAAGGGCGUUGUUGCAGGAACUAAGGAAUCGUGUUCAGAAAGUAGAAGAAAAUUUUCAUAACAUUAAAAUCCUUGUAAUGUCGCAUAAUCAGAGAAUGGAUGUUGUAGAAGCCUUUCAUCGAGAAGCAAGCGUAAAAUAUCGUGCUAAUGCACAGUUAGCUUAA